CGAAAACGGCCACCUUGUUAAGUUUUGCGAAAUAAAAGAUAAAAGAAGGCGAAGAAAACUCGUUUUAGAAACACUGAUUAUUUUUUAUAGGAGAUUUGUAAAUAUUCUUUGAGAAAAACAAAAACAACAAUGUACAUAUACCCUGUCAAAUCAAAGUAGAGCGGCAUUUUACAAGUUUUUUUUUUGAUAUUUCAUUAUUAUUAUAGUUAUAUUAUUAAAAUUUAAAAUAAAUCUAAAAAACUAAUGGAUUCGGAGUUGUAUGACGAAUUCGGAAACUAUAUUGGUCCGGAUUUAGACAGUGAUGAUGAUGACGAUGAUCAGAGUAUGUAUGGGCAGGCGGAUUUGCAAGAUGAUCAAGAUGAUGAUGCCUUGGAAGAAGAUGAGAUCGAACACGAGGAUGAAAAGGAGACACAUGCCGUUGUGCUUCAUGAGGAUAAGCGGUAUUAUCCUACUGCUGUAGAAGUUUAUGGGCCGGAUGUUGAAACUAUAGUUCAAGAAGAAGAUGCACAACCUCUAGAUAAACCGUUAAUUGAACCUGUGAAAAAAAUCAAAUUUCAGUUAAAGCAACAAGAUCUGCCUGAAACGGUUUUUGAAAUGGAGUUUAUGGCUGAUUUAAUGGAUACACCACCCCUUAUUCGUAAUGUUGCUUUGGUUGGUCAUUUGCAUCAUGGAAAAACAACAUUUGUGGAUUGCUUAAUACGACAAACACAUCCUCAAUUUGACACCAUGGAAGAGAAAAGCAUUCGAUAUACUGAUACUCUCUUUACAGAGCAAGAGAGGGGGGUUAGCAUAAAAGCCGUUCCUACAACGCUUGUUUUGCAAGAUGUUAAACAUAAAAGUUAUUUAAUGAAUGUUUUCGAUACUCCAGGUCACGUAAAUUUCUCUGAUGAAGUGACGGCAGCAAUAAGAAUGGCUGAUGGUGUUUGCGUUUUUAUUGACGCAGCGGAAGGGGUAAUGUUAAAUACAGAGAGACUCUUAAAGCAUGCAGUACAGGAAAAAAUGGGUAUAACGAUUUGCAUUAAUAAGAUCGAUCGCUUAAUUUUAGAACUAAAAUUACCACCUUCUGAUGCUUACUUUAAGUUAAAACAUAUUGUUGAUGAAGUCAACAGCCUACUUAGUGUCUACUCGGAGCAACAAGAAAAUUUAUUGGUUUCUCCCAUAAUUGGGAAUGUAUGUUUUGCGAGCUCUUUAUAUGGGAUUUGCUUUACAUUGAAGUCAUUUGCAAAAUUGUAUGCAGACACAUACGACGGGGUUGAUUAUGUGGAAUUUUCAAAAAGGCUUUGGGGCGAUAUGUAUUUUCAUAACAAGUCUCGAAAAUUUACUAAAAAACCACCACAUAACUCAGCACAACGUAGUUUCGUUGAAUUUGUUUUAGAACCAAUGUAUAAAAUAUUCGCUCAAGUGGUAGGCGAUGUUGAUAGCACUUUAGCUGACACUUUAGCUGAGUUAAAUAUUAAAGUAACCAAGGAGGAAAUGAAAACUAAUAUACGUCCACUACUACGCUUAGUGUGUAAUAAAUUCCUGGGAGAUUUCAGUGGAUUUGUUGACAUGUGUGUUGAACACAUAAAAUCACCUUCUGAACAUGCGAAAGAUAAAGUUGACCACAUUUAUACAGGGCCAAAAGAAGGAGCUUUAUAUGAAAAUAUGGUAGAAUGUGAUCAAAAUGGAAUUUUAAUGGUUCACAGUUCUAAAAUGUACCCAAAUGACAAUUGUACAUUUUUUCAAGUUUUGGGUCGUGUUUUGAGCGGAACUCUUCAUGCUGGGCAAGAAAUUCGAGUUCUAGGAGAAAAUUUCUCUUUACAAGAUGAAGAGGACUCUCGAAUCUUACAGGUAGGCAGGUUAUGGAUAUAUGAAGCGCGGUAUAAAAUUGAAGUGAAUCGAGUUCCAGCUGGUAAUUGGAUAUUGAUUGAAGGUAUUGAUCAAUGUAUUGUCAAAACAUCGACUAUAACUGAUAUCAACGUUGCUGAGGAUCUGUAUAUUUUUCGACCUUUGAAAUUUAAUACCCAGAGUAUCAUAAAAAUAGCUGUAGAGCCAGUUAAUCCAUCGGAAUUACCAAAAAUGUUAGACGGAUUGCGAAAGGUAAACAAAUCUUAUCCAUUACUUUCUACGAGGGUUGAAGAAUCAGGUGAACAUGUUAUUCUUGGAACCGGCGAAUUAUAUUUAGAUUGUGUAAUGCAUGAUUUAAGAAAAUUAUAUUCUGAGAUCGAUAUAAAAGUAGCAGAUCCAGUUGUGGCAUUUUGUGAAACUGUAGUCGAAACCAGUUCGCUAAAAUGUUUUGCAGAAACUCCAAACAAAAAAAACAAAAUUACAAUGAUUGCUGAACCGUUAGAAAAAGGACUCGCGGAAGAUAUCGAAAAUGAAGUGGUUUCUAUUAAUUGGAAUAAAAAACGAUUAGGCGAAUUUUUCCAAUUAAAUUAUGACUGGGAUUUGCUGGCUGCUCGCUCAAUUUGGGCGUUUGGUCCUGAUAAUGCAGGACCAAAUAUUUUGGUGGAUGAUACAUUACCAUCAGAAGUAGAUAAAGGUUUACUUAAUUCAGUUCGGGACUCAAUUGUACAAGGAUUUCAAUGGGGUACCAGAGAAGGACCUUUAUGUGAGGAACCAAUACGAAAUGUGAAAUUUAAAAUAUUAGAUGCUGUAAUUGCAAAUGAUGCACUUCAUAGAGGUGGAGGUCAAGUGAUUCCUACUGCUAGACGAGUAGCUUAUUCUGCUUUUUUAAUGGCUACACCUCGUUUAAUGGAACCAUAUUUAUUUGUUGAGGUGCAAGCACCAGCCGACUGCGUCUCUGCGGUGUAUACGGUUUUAGCAAGAAGAAGAGGUCAUGUUACCCAAGAUGCCCCAGUUUCUGGUUCACCUUUAUACACAAUAAAAGCUUUUAUUCCAGCUAUUGAUUCUUUUGGAUUUGAGACUGAUUUGCGAACUCACACACAAGGACAGGCAUUUUGUUUGUCUGUAUUUCAUCAUUGGCAAAUUGUACCAGGUGAUCCUUUAGAUAAAUCAAUUAUAAUACGUCCUUUGGAACCCCAACAAGCUACACAUUUGGCUAGAGAGUUUAUGGUAAAAACUCGCAGACGAAAAGGUUUAUCAGAGGAUGUAUCUAUCAAUAAGUUCUUCGAUGAUCCUAUGUUGCUGGAGCUGGCGCGACAAGACGUUUUGCUUAAUUAUCCUUUAUAAUUAGAUCAAUAUUAAUUGAAAUUAUAAAGAAAAAUAAAGACAAAAAAAAACUAUAUAUACUAAAAAAAUAA